AUGGCUCAGAAGUUCGUUAAGUCGGUGGAAUCGGCGCCAGUCGUGCGGCGCGUCGACGCGUGGGCGGUAAAGAAUAAGAUCCCCAAAGAGCUCUCACUGGCCUUGCUCUGGUCCGCAGCUGUCCUCUCCCUCGCUGCUGUCACACUCGUUUUAAGGUUCGUCUUCGGCCUGCUCCGGGUCGUGUUCUCCUCUAUAGGAAACGUUUUCCGCAAGGCUCCCGCUGCUGCUGCCACUGCUGCUCCUGCUGCUGCUGCUGCCGCUGCUGCCGCUGCUGCCGCUUCCGUCGUUGCCGUGACUCCCGCGGAGGCCGCGGCGCUGGUGACGGUGCCGACGGUUGAAGGGGUGCUGGAGGGGCGGGUGGAGGAGGAGGAGGCAGUGAGGCUGCGACUGGUGGAGAUGGAGAUUAGGGAGAGGGAAGAAGAGAGGAAGAGAGAGGAGGAGAGGAGGAGGGAGGAAGAGGAGGAGGAGGAGAGGAAGAGAGUCGAGGCGGAGGUGAAAAGGAAGGCGGAGGAAGUGAGGAAGAGGGAGGAGGAGGAGAGGAAGAAGGAGGAGGAAGCGGCGAGGGCGCGUGCGGAGGCAGAGGAGAGGGAGAAGAGAGAGGAAGAGGAAAAGAGGACGAGAGAGGAGGAGGAAAAGAGGAAGAGAGAGGAGGAGGGAAAGAGGAAGAGAGAGGAGGAGGGAAAGAGGAAGAGAGAGGAGGAAGGGGUGAGACGGAAAGCAGAAGUUGCGGCGGCAGAGGCUGCAAAGGCGGAUAGGGAGGAGAAGUUGCAGGAGAAGGAAAGGGAGAGGAGAGAGAGGGAGGAGAGGAAGGAGAGGGAGGAGAGCGAGGAGAUAGAGGGGAAGGCUAGGCAGUUGGAGGAGGCGUGGCAGGAGGAGCAGCGGCAGCGCGCCGAGCUGGUGGAGCAGGCCGUUGCUGACGUGGCACGCGCGUACGAGCGCAAGCUUGCUGAGCUGGAGGCGGCGCACGAGGCUGAGGUGGCUGCGGUGCGGCAGGCCACGGAGGCCAGCGGGGCGAUGGGCGACGGACAGGUGGAGGAGAUGGCACGACUCCGGGUGAGUGUGACAGCAUGUUAG